AUGUAUACACGAGUGAAGCGAUACAGGGACUUUGCACACGCAUCUUUCAAAUACGCCCUUCAAAGAAGGUAUCCGCUCUACUUGUCCACCAAGAACACUAUCCUAAAGAAAUACGAUGGCAGAUUCAAGGAUAUCUUUGCCGAGAUAUACCCGGAAUACGAGUCGCAGUUCAAAGCCGCUGGCAUCUGGUAUGAACAUAGGCUCAUAGACGACAUGGUAGCACAGGCAAUGAAAAGUGAUGGGGGAUUUGUUUGGGCGUGCAAGAAUUAUGACGGAGACGUUCAAUCUGACUCUGUCGCUCAAGGAUACGGCUCCUUGGGUCUCAUGACGUCGGUGUUGGUAUGCCCUGAUGGCAGAACCGUAGAAGCAGAAGCUGCUCAUGGCACGGUUACACGCCAUUAUCGUCUUCAUCAGAAGGGCCAAGAGACUUCAACUAAUCCCAUAGCAUCUAUUUUUGCUUGGACUCGAGGUCUGGCACACAGAGCUUCGCUUGACAAUAACAUGGAAUUGGCAAAAUUCGCAGAGAAUCUUGAGAAGGUGUGUAUCGAAACCAUGGAAGAUGGUUACCUUACCAAAGACCUUGCUAUAUGUAUUAAAGGCUUGAGCAAGUGA